AUGUUGGUGAUUCUGCUGCUCGUGUCCAGCUUCUCUACAGGUCAGUUUAACACUUUAACCUCCAUGUUUUCAAUUGUUGUCGGAGCUCCACGUACAUUUAGAGGAUACAGAGGAGAGAAACUGGACAUCAGAUGCUCAUAUGAGUCUGGAUAUGAGGCAAACUCAAAGUAUUUCUGUAAAGGCAAGGGGAUAUUUGGAAGGAAAGACAUAAUAAUUAAAUCAGGAUCUCCAGCAAAACAUGACAAAUUCUCUCUGACUGACGACAAGAAAAGCAGAGUUUUCACCAUCACCAUCACUGAUCUGAGAACAGAGGAUGCAGGAAGAUACUGGUGUGCUGUGGAGAGGAGUUUACCUUUAACUGAUGUCUAUUCAGAGAUUUCGCUGAAGGUUGAACAGAAUCAGGAAAACACUGAAGGUUCAUCUGUCAGCUCUUUCUCCAACACGCCGUCAUAUUUCAGCUCAACACAAGUGAAUCUGCAGUCCAGCAGCAGCACAGAUCAGCACAACUCUACAGCAUCACAUACUGAUCUGGGUUCAGUAGCAGGCGGUCUGGGUUCAGUUCUGCUGGUUCUGCUUCUGUGUUCUGGAACUUUUCUCAUCCUGAAAAAGAGGAAAAGGAAAUGUGAGACAGCUUUACCUCUGCAGAAUGUGCAGCAGAAUACUGAGACUGACUGCGUGUAUGAAGAGAUUCUAGACAGUGAUGUCAUCAUCACAGCUGAGUCUUCAUCCAAUCAGACGCCAGCAUCAGAUCUUAACACCCGCCCAGAAAAUGUUGUUUAUUCUACAGUAACCAAUCAGCAGCCUGAUUUACACUCCAGUCACACCCACUCAGCCAAUCAGGUGACAGAUACAGACUGUGAUUAUUAUGGCAAUAUUACAUCAUCAGAAAUAUAUGUAACCGCAACACAUCCACAAAACAACACAAAAGACGAUGCAAAUAUAUAUUCAUUGAUUAAACAUAAAUAAUACAACGUCA